AUGAGUCGCAAACUCUCAACGGGAUCUUCUUCUUCAUUCUACGUCCAGUUAUAUCAGAUUGUGGACGAUUGUUCGUGGGAUCAGAUCAUCUCGUGGAGCAAAAGCAAUACUAACAGUUUCAUCGUCUGGGACAUGAAAAAGCUCCGCAGCGACAUUCUUCUCAAAUCAUCCUCUGUUUUGGGCAAAAACGUGACGGAGUUUAUCGCAAAGCUUCGCUCUCAUGGCUUUAGAAGUGUCGCCAAGGGCCCUGGGGAGUUGGAGUUCUCGCAUGAUGAAUUCUCGAGAGGCCCUCUGAUGAAGAAGAAGAUGAUGGUCAAAGCCUUGUCGGAGAGUAUAGAGAGGUUCGAUGCUCAACUCAAAGCGUUGAAGUCUAGACUCAAAGCCAAGAAAGCUUCCCUCAAAGUUGAGAAUCUCUUUCAAAACCUACGUAUCUGA